AACCCGUGUCCCCAGCAUUGGCAGGCGGAUUCUUAACCACUGCGCCACCAGUGAACCCCCACCCCCCACCCCGUUGGUUUUUGAUCUGUCUUUGCCACCCAUCUUGGGACCUGCAGUGUUUCAGGUGGUGGUUGCUUGUGGGGAUUUGCAUAGGUGGAGGUCAGGGGUGGAGCCGUCUGGGGAGGGGAUGACCUCCUCCUGGCCCCUGAUAAUAAUCACACAGGGGUAGAGAGGACCAGGCAGGUGAUGGGAAAUGACCCUCACACCAGAGAGAAUCCCGCCAAUGGGAUCUUUGCGGGGGGUGGAGACAGCGAGCCGUCAGUGAGACGGUGUCCAAGUGUCCAGGUAGGGCUGUCCCUGAAGCCCUGAUAAGAUCCGAUCUGUCAUGGGGUGGGGAGGCCCAGCCAGGCAGGCAGCCGCUCCUGCUCAGUCAUUGGUUGCUAACAGCAGCGGGUAGCGUUUGUUCUGGAGCCAAAGCCUCCAGGCAGAAUCGAGGUGCAGGGAGGGGUGCUUAGACGGCUGCCACAUGGGGCAGGUGAGCAGGGGGCCGCUCCCCACCCCUCUGCUGGGCACCAGGGAGUCUCAUGCCCCCUCCGCACAGGACACCUGCCCUUCCUGGGAGAGGGGGGGCUCCUCCUCUUUCUGGAGGAGCUAGCGGUGGCCUGGUCCAGGGCGGGGACGAUCUCUGGUUGAGCAGCUGCUUCGAUGCCAGGUUGGGAGGAGGAACGGGGGUCCCUGCUCCCUACCGCAGUGCUGAGGGGGCUGCUGGGCGUCCUGCGUAGCCCCUCUGGGUGCUCAGAGCUAACCUUGCACACCUGAGACCACGGGCCUUUUCCCCUGCUCUAGGCUCGUGAGAGGCAGAGCUGGUGGUUGUUCAGGAGUGAUGGGGAAAGUGGCCCCAGGUGCAGCAGGGCGGGGGCUGCCUUCCCAGUUCCUGGCCUGCUGAGCUCAGCUGCUCUCCGUCCCUUGAUGCCUCAUUGGGUCCGCACAGGCUCAGCCUGGGGGCCGUUUCUGUUGCUUAACACAGUGCAGUCCCUUUGGGGCAUGGGUUGGCUCUGGGUGCCCCCUCUCACCUUGUCCCCAUUGCCCAUCAGAUUUGUGAGUCUACCUAUUGGCUCUUCCCCCUCUCUCCCUCCUCCCCAACUCCCCUUUGCUCUACCACUUUGGGCCCCAGCGUGGGUCUUGCUCUUGCAUAUUCAUUAGGGACUGAGUAAGGUCAGCACCACCUGUGACUCCAGGCCAGUGUGGGCUGCCAGGCCCUUCGACACCCAGGCUUCCCCUGGAAGGUUGCUCUUCCCAGUGGUUUGUCUCUGUGGGUUUAUUUCUAGGGCAUGGGGUGUGGGACUGUGGACAGACACGGCACAGGUGCUCCUGAGAGCUUGGUGAUGGCAGUCACUCAAGGGGUGCUGCUGAGAAGGUAACUGGUGGAGCCAGGAAGGAGCAGGCCUGCGCUGGGCAGGUGGAAGGCUGAGUUAGGGUGCUUUCACAGCCCUCGGCUGGGCAGCAGCUCUCGCAAUAAAAACAGCCCUUGGGGUUUUCAAGGCAGAAGCUCUGGGUCCAACGUGGGCAGGCAGGUGCCUCAUAGAUUCAUUUCCUCAUUUAAAAUAGGUGGAUUUAUCCUCAGUUUUUUUUUAACUGGUGGGGAAAUUGAGGCGCUGAGGAGUUAAAUGGCUUACGCGGGACCACCUGCCAGUCGAUUCAUGUUCCUGGCUGGGCCACGUCUAUGGCUGCCUUGGAUGAACCAGGGGCCUUGCUGUAGGUGUGUUCUGAAAGGGGCCUUCCACGCUGCGGCCCCUCAGCCAGCAGCCAGCCAGCUGGCAUCUUGGAGGGGGCUUUUACGGAGCUGGUCCUCGCUGUGGGGACAAGGCAGCCCCAGCUGGUAGAGGCAGAGCUGGGAAAACUUACCCUUCUUUGAGUGCCAGCACCCAGGUAUGGCAAGGAUGUUGGGGGUCAGUACUAGGGAGGGUACCCCACGCUAGACCUUAUAGGAGGAAAGCAGACCACUUGGGUGUGGAAGGGUCUUGGCCCCCAGGGAGCUGGGAGAGAGCGAGUAGAUGGGCAGGGAGGCCACUGAGGGGUGCUGAAGAGGCUCUUGGGGUACAAGGGGCAUAGGGAGCACUACCGUCUGUCCCUCUGCCUGUUUUCGUGUGCUCACUGGGGUAGUCACAUCUAUUCCUUGUUAGGGACUCGACAGGCCUCCAGAAGAUUAAUUAAUGCCAAGCUGCUGGCAGCUCCAGCAGGAUGCUUGCCCCAGGGCCCUGUCCUGGCAGCACAGAUGCCCAGCUGACCCCAGAAAUACUGCUCCGUUCCCACCCAGCAAUCCUGGAGACACGGGGGGCCAUGUUGCUGGCACAGCCCUGCCUCUGAGCCUGGAUGGCAGAGAAGGCUUAGGUGGUGGCAGGCCGCCAGAGCCAUGUGGCGGGGCAUUCCACCCGCAGGCCUGCCUCCAUCUCCCACUCUGGAACUUAUUUGUCCCUGGCUGAACCAUGGGCUUGCUGUGUGACCUUGGCCGUGCUGCUUAUCCCCUCUGGGCAGCUUUCUUUUCCCCAACUGUAAAAUGAUGUAGAAUGGAUGUUGGACUGGGUCAUCCCUGAGACACCUCCCCCCUAAGUCUGAGUCUUCGUUAUCUGGUAAUCUGCCUGAUUCUGAGAGCCCCUGAUGGCACCCCUUUUCCCGAUGCAUAUUGGCUGCCCCUUGGUGCCCCUCAGUGUGGUCCAGCUUUGUCCUCUGCCCCAAGCCCAGGUGAUUGCUAGUUCUCCAUGUAAUUAACUCCUGCCUGUGCUCAGGAUGUGGGGCACCGCAAGUCCUGGCCAGACCCAGUGCCCUCACAGACCAGCCUGACCUUCCCAGCGCCAGGGCGAGGUGACUGCUUCCACAGUGGCCACCUCCAGCCUGCCCAGCACAUUCCUCAGGCUUAUCUGAGAGCCCGCCCCACUGGACUCUGCCCUCCCACCCAGGAAGCAGCACCCAGACGAGCUGCUGAAGAGUUCCAGGGGCAGAGAGCAGGGCCUGAGUGGGCUUGAGGUGACGAUUCUCAGCCUCUUGCCUGGAGCUGAGGAGAACCAGUUUUACUUCCAGCAGGCUCCGGGCGAAAGAGCUGCUAGAACAAUGCUGAGGCAGCCCCGACGGAGUAUCUCGAACAGGUGAUCGGAGGAGCCGGGAAACCGAGGCCACCUGGGCAUCCCUCCCCUCGCCUGGGCCGGCCAGAGCCUCAAAGACGGUGGAGAAACCAUGGCGACCAAUUUCAACGACAUCGUCAAGCAGGGCUACGUGAAGAUGAAGAGCAGGAAGCUCGGGAUCUACCGGAGGUGCUGGCUGGUGUUCCGGAAAUCCUCCAGCAAGGGGCCCCAGCGGCUGGAGAAGUAUCCAGAUGAGAAGUCAGUGUGCCUCCGAGGCUGCCCCAAGGUGACAGAGAUCAGCAACGUCAAGUGUGUCACACGGCUCCCCAAGGAGACCAAGAGACAGGCAGUGGCCAUCAUAUUCACCGAUGACUCGGCACGUACCUUCACCUGCGACUCAGAGCUGGAGGCAGAGGAGUGGUACAAGACUCUGUCUGUGGAGUGCCUGGGGUCGAGGCUCAACGACAUCAGUCUGGGAGAGCCGGACCUCCUGGCCCCAGGAGUGCAGUGCGAGCAGACAGAUCGCUUCAACGUCUUCCUGCUGCCCUGCCCCAACCUGGAUGUGUAUGGCGAGUGCAAGCUGCAGAUCACCCACGAGAACAUCUACCUCUGGGACAUACACAACCCCCGCGUGAAGCUCGUCUCGUGGCCCCUCUGCUCCCUGCGCCGCUAUGGCCGGGAUGCCACACGCUUUACCUUCGAGGCUGGCCGGAUGUGUGACGCUGGGGAAGGGCUCUACACCUUCCAGACGCAGGAUGGGGAACAGAUUUACCAGCGGGUCCACAGUGCCACCCUGGCCAUCGCCGAGCAGCACAAGAGGGUCCUGCUGGAAAUGGAGAAGAACGUGAGGCUGCUGAACAAGGGCACGGAACAUUACUCAUACCCCUGCACGCCCACGACCAUGCUGCCCCGCAGUGCCUACUGGCACCACAUCACCGGUUCCCAGAACAUCGCUGAGGCCUCCAGCUAUGCCGGUGAGUCACUGCUGGGCCCCACCCGCACCGGCCAGGAGGCUCUGUGGAGGACAAGGCAUGUUGGGCAGGGGCCUUCUGUCCCGGGCCCAAGGCCUCAGCCUGCCUGUGUGUCCACAGGUGAGGGGUAUGGGACGGCCCAGGCCAGCUCAGAAACGGACCUCCUCAACAGAUUCAUCCUGCUAAAGCCAAAGCCCAGCCAGGGGGGCAGCAGCGAGGCCAAGGCCCCUUCCCAGUGACGGCAGAGCUGGCACACAGACGACCACUGGGGCUGCCUGCAGCGCGUCACGGAUGGCAUGGAGGGGCUAUGGGCCAAGAGCCUGGGGAAAGGGAGCAAGCGGUCCCUUCUUUGCCCCCGAGGGUGAGCCUGGACCAAGGCAAAGGGCUGGCCAUGCCACCUGAGCAUGUGUGAGGGGCUGGAGCUACCAUGGGACUACAUACUGUUAAUGAUUUUAAUAUAUAUGGCUUAUGAUGUAUUCUGUAUUAAUAAGAUUCCCCCUCUGACCCUCCCUGCCACCACAUACACAGUUUUUAAUCCCAUGACCAGGCCACAGUCAAGGCUGUUUUGAAUGUGAGGGCAGCGGUUUCCCUGUCCCCCAUGGUACCAGCCCUCCUGCUGCCAGGACCCGAGCUGCCAGGGCCAGAGGAGGGAGACACUCCACACUCCCGGCUGCCGCGCUGGCUGCUGGCUUUUCCCAAGCAGCCCAGGGGCGGAGACAGCAGGUGGCUUCUCAGUUCCUCUGGGCCUAGAGUGGCACAGGAAGGAUCCGAACUUACACUGUGCCACUUGGUAGCCUUGCACUUGGAGUUUUCAGCAGAGGUGACGUCUGGUUGACACCUCAGGUGAAAAAUCUGGCUUGAAAAUGGUUUCUGCCCAGACUCCUUCAUGCUUAGCAGGCUGAGGAGACGCCCUGGGGGUGGGGGGUGCUGGUUACCUCGCCCAGGGAGGACAGCCAGUCCCGGGCUCUUUCCUGCCCUCGGGCCAGGCCGGCCGCACAGGAGGACUGCGGUGAGGGGGAGUGGGGAAGCGCCCUGCUGCCCGCUCUCAGUGACCGGCGUGGGCAGUGCUCCCACAGAGGGAGCCCCUCUGCCCUGUCUGGCCUCCCUCCGGCAGCCAAAGUACUCAGAAGCUGGUCAGAGACCUCCCCAUUUCCUCCUCCACAUGGUGCUGAGGCUCCCUGCUGAAAUGCAAUUAAAGCAACUGAUUUUCUAGUGCUGGUAUUUACUGACGAUUGUGCAGAAGGGCUAUCUUUUUACUCACAUCAAACCUUUAGUUGCGUGUGUGUUGGGUUGUUUUUAAUAUUUGAGGGUUCUGAUUUGCGGGAACAGACCUUCUUGUAAAUAGCCGUUAUUCCAGUCGUGGCAGGAGGAUGCUAAAGCAAGAGGCCCCCCCGACAGAGCCCUGCAGCCCGGGGGCGGCCACAGCCCGCUCAGCUCCGACCCCGACCCAGGGAAUGACCGCCUAGAGGAAUAAGCUAGCCUGAAGGAGGGAGCCCUAAGGCCACGGAGGGGCGGCAGAGCUGGCUGGCUUGGUUAGUGGCACGAUGACGCAUGAAGGCGAUUACGUACGUUUUGCUCUUUAUUGCCAAAAAUAAAAACUUUAAAAGACAA